UGUGUGUGUGUGUGUUCUGCAUGUUCUAAGUUCCUAAUGUGAUGUUAUGUCCAGGUGGAACCCUCGUUCGGAGCACCUGCAGCGUAAGGCCUUCCUCCUGGGUGGGAAGUCAGGCUCUCUGGAUGAGCUGGAGGAGUUUGCCCAGUGCUACAGACAGAGAGGCCCCAGGGAGGAGCUCACUGUCAGGGACAUCAGAGACACCGACCAGGAGUACGAGAGACUGGAGCUGCGUGAACGAGAAGGUGACCGGGAUAGGGAUCGAGAUCGGGAAUACUAUCCGCCUUCUUACCGGGACAAGACGACGAAACGUGGUUACCGUGACAACAGGGAUCGCGAUGACCGCUCAGAGACUUGGCGAGAACGAGAUCGCCAAGAGGAUUGUCAUGGAGAUCGUCAGGGAGACCGACAACGCAGUCCGCCACUCUCGCCCAAGAAGAGACGGGGCACGUGGGACAACGAGCUGGAGCAGCGCCCCCCUAAACCCCCCGCCCCUCCUCCCCCUCCUCGCCAGAGCCCCCGGGGGCGGGACUACGAUGACGAACUCCUGAGCACUCUUUUGGAGCGCAAGACCAGACGGGGUGGGGCCAGUGACAGUGGGGGUGAUAGGGGCAGGGGAGGGGGGCGCAGCGAAGAGGACACGCCCUCAGACACCCCUUCUAAGGGUUCUAAGGGCUCUAAGAAGAGCAGCGGCAGUGGCGGCGAGCGUCACCAUAGCCGUUGGCCUAGCAACAGGGAGGUGGAGUUGGUAUUAGACUCACGGGGAGAAGACUCUCUACCCCCGUCCUGCCAGACUGCGUUAGAGCGGUUCAGAGCCGCUGAGCGCCCCUCCCCCUCCCCUCGCCCCUCCAAUGGAGGCUCCACCCAUUCUUCCCGCCCCUCCAACAGAGGCUCCACCCAUAGCCACGCCCAUACCCUACAGCAGGAGAGCGGAGAGGAGCGGGAUAAGCCCCGGAAAGUGAGCACUCUUCUUAGCAGAGACUCUCUCAUAGUUUGAUGCCUGGAGAGGACAGAUACAGACACUGGGAAAGACACUGGGGAUCAUCCUCUAACCCCCCAUCACCCCUCACUGGGGAUCAUCCUUUACCCCCCCAUCACCCCACACUGGGGAUCAUCCUCUACCCCCCCAUCACCCCACACUGGGGAGGAGAGAGGAGAGGUUCUCAGACCACACUGGGCAAGCAGAGAACACCAUGGAGAGGUCAGUGACCUUGCAUCCAGCAGCAGAGGGAAUGGCUACCUCUGAGUGACAGGCAGUACAUCCACUGGACUGACCAUGGCACAGGACUUGGGACAGUCUGAUCAGGCUUCAGAUACACAUCGAUCACCAUGACCUAAGAAGAAGAGUAAUGUUCAGAGCUGGGACAAAGACCUCUGGAUGCACAGGACAAAUAGCACUGUGUGUGUGUGUGUGUAUUGGUGAAUGUGUGUAUUGGUGUGUAUGUGUAUUGGUGUGUGUGUGAGACAAAGUAUGGUGCUUAUUCCUGUCUGCUCUUUUGUGUGUGAGAGUGAAUAGUUUCUCCAUCUCCCUGUCUAUUCUAUUCUUCUCUCUCACUAACAACACACACUGAAUGACGAUGUCAUCCCGGAGUUUCUGUCACUGCCACCUCUACACAGUGCACGCUCUCUCUGUGAAGUCGCUGAAUGAUGAUGUCACUCUGGAGUUUCUGCCACUGCCUGCACCACCACCACCACCACUGCCCAGUCACGGUCGAAGGCCGGCGUUGAGACAACGUUUGGGUUCUGUUGUGUGAAUGGUGUGGAUCCCCCAUACCAUUGUGUUUUUCAGUGCCAUUGUAAAGCACCUAUUGGCCUUGCUUGGCCUUGACUCUGUGGAUAGAGGACACAGUGUUUCUUAAUCAUUGUGUUUAAUGCAAUGAUACAAUGUGUGUUAUAUCCAGUAGGUUUGGACUAGAGGGUACUACUAACAGCGCUAGUGAGAGAAACUGGAACUUUAGGGACGCAGGUAGCCUAGCGGUUAAGAGCGUUGGGCAGGUAACCGAAAGGCCGGUGGUUCAAAUCCUCGAGCCGACUAGGUGAAAAGAAAUCUGUAGAUGUGCCCUUGAGCAAGGCACUUAACCCUAAUUGCUCCUGUAAGUCGCUCUGGAUAAGAGCGUCGGCUAAAUGACGUAAAUGUACUGGGUUGUGAUUAUGUGCCAUCUAUCCUUCGAAGACUGUAUUUGGUUUAUAAUAGUUUUAUACGUAGUUUAUCAACUCUGCCUGUCAUGGUGUGAUUACAAUGCAGUAAAUGAUUGUGCAAGUGUAACUGAAAGCGCUUGUGUGUAUGUCUGUGUGUGUUUAAGAUAAGAUAACCAAGGUGUGUUUAGUUUUCUUAUCAAUGUUGUGUAAACUGCUAAACACACAACUUUAUCUCCACUCAUUAGCACUUACACACACACACACACACACACACACACACACACACACACACACACACACACACACACACACACACACACACACACACACACACACACACACACACACACACACACAUUUACUGCCCUUCAUGCAAACAUACUGGCUGUCAACUUACCACAGCUUUCUCUUUCUUACGCCUGCAAAACUUGUAGAAGGAUUCGUUACAAUUGUUCAUGUUUAGUGUUGUUUUUUCCACUUCUUUCAGUGUAUUUAUUGUUCAUGGCGUUUGUGCUUUUCUAUGUUAUUUUCUUUCUAUGUCAGUGUGUUCCUGUGUUACAUUUUUCUGUCUGUCAAUGAGACGGUUGUUUCACAGCCCAGCUCCCUGUCUGUCAAUGAGACGUUGUUUCACUGAGUUUAAGUCAUAGGCGACAGGCAACAAUGGCUUUGUCUAUUUAUGAUCAUCACGUACUGACUGUUACUCUAAGAGAUCUGGUAAUCACACACACACACACACACACACACACACACACACACACACACACACACACACACACACACACACACACACACACACACACACACACACACACACACAGUAUCUUGGAAAGUGCAUGUUGGUGAACACUAAACACACACUUUAGUUGUAUUUCUCCUUUAGGUUACCUUGUUAUAAUAACUUGUACCAUAACUGGGGCUUUUUGCAAUAACACUUACCGUCCAUUACAAACUAAUGCCUAAUGAACUAUUUAUUAUUUAACUCCAGAGAUGCAGUUUAACCACAGCAUUUACCUCAAACAGACAGCUUCAAUCUCAUUCAAUAAAGUCUACUUAAUCUACA